AAUCGAACCCGGGCCGCAUCGGUGGGAAGCGAGCGCUCUCACCACUGCGCCCUCCCCGCUCCCUAAAAAGCUCUAAAGCUCUAGCUCUCUUGCCGUACAAUCAUGUUCGAGCUAUGUUAUUGCUAUUGCAUUCUGUGAUCUGUUUUUUCCUCGAGUAUGUUUAAUGUUCAACUUUAUCUCUCGUUGUAGUUACUUGUGAGGCGGUGAAUAACUGCUCCGGACAUGGAAAGUGCAGCAAAGUAAAUACUUGUGAAUGUGAAAGUGGAUAUAAAGGAUCCCUGGAUUGUUCAUCAGUUUCCUGCGAAGAAGUGGGAAAUUGUUCUGGACAUGGAAUUUGCACUGGCCCAAAUAUGUGCGUUUGUGAUAGCGGAUUCAAAAGUGUUGGCUGUUCACAAGUUUCUUGUGAACUGGUAAACCACUGUUCAGAUCAUGGCGCAUGUAGCGGACCCAAUGAAUGUUCUUGCUAUAGCGGAUUCAAAGGAAUUAAUUGCUCCGAAGUAUCUUGUGAGGAGUUGAACAACUGCGCAAAUCAUGGAAUCUGCACUGGUCCAAACAAAUGCACUUGUGAAGAAGGCUUUAAAACUGCUCCAGACUGCUCUAAAGUUUCUUGUGAAUUGCUGAAUCACUGUUUAUAUCGCGGUAACUGUAGUGGCCCUAAUGUCUGCUCGUGCCACAGUGGUUUUAAAGGAUUAAACUGCUCACAAGUAACCUGCGAGGCCGUAAAAAACUGUUCAACCCACGGAACCUGCGCUGGACCAAACUUAUGCACUUGUGAAAGAGGUUUCCAUGGAGCUGAUUGCUCGGAAGAACUGCAAGGUGAAGGUCUCGUGGGAUUAAGCAAAGAAGUUGUUGUUGGGAUCUCAGUUGGAAGCUUCGUGUUUGGUUUACUUUUGUGUAUGAUUCCAUUUUAUUGUUACCGGAAGAGAACGAUCAGGCGUCGACGUAAAUCGCGUAGCAAACAAGCUAACACAUUUGCCCUCAAGUCCUUCGAAAACGAGGCUUACGCAGCGGCUCCGCUGAAAGGCUAGGAACCAAUCAGUUCUGACGCGAUUUGAUGGAGAUGAAGACGACGAUGACGAUAAUGAUAACAACGGCGAUGAAGACGAUGACGUAGAAGUCGACGACCAUACGUUAUGACUUUGUUCAUGUAAAAAUAUAACAGCGUUGUAUUGUAUUGUGAGUAGAGUCAGUAUUGUGCCGUUUUGUAAGUAGAUUAAGUAUAAUGUAAUUAUGUGUAAUUAUGUGUUUUUGCAAUAAAAUAAUAAUAAUGAUAAUGAUAGAUAGUGAUAGUGACAGUGAUAGUGAUAAUGAUAAUGAUAAUGAUAAUGAUAAUGAUAAUGAUAGUAAUAAUGAUAAGAAUAAAACAAUAUAGCAGCGUCACUUGUUUAUUCUCGAUUACAUAAGCUGACAUGACAAAUUUAAUCGUAAGAGCUUAUAACUAGGGAGACAACUAUUGUGAAGUGAAGUGAUGUGAUAUUAUUGUUGUUUGCCACUAUUCAUGCUAUGUAUACCAUAAAAAGGCGUGAUUUAUAAUAGUCGUGACAAUGAUACGGUUAAUGUAACAUAGAAGAGCUGAUUUGACAAUUAGUGGACACGUUUAGAAACGGUUUCUUCCAGUCCUGGCUGGCUUAUCAUUAAGUUAACAGUUUUUUACACUUCCUGUACAUGAAAGGGAACAGGAGCUGAAUUACUAUUUCUUUCGGAUUAGAGGCGUAGUGAAAUGGUUUCGCAAAGGUUUUGGCCAAACUGGAACCCAGCCCCUACCUGGGGGUGGGGGUACUCCCAUGUAUAAAGCUCGGGAAUGUUCGUCGUUUCGCUCAGGGGUGUAAAUUACUGAUUUUGGUCUCAGGGUGUUCAGGACGAAAGGCCAUUAUUUUUAGCUGCCAAGGUAUAUUUUAGAGUUAUCCUCGAAGAAACAUUAAAAAAAGCUGUCAUGUCCGGUUUUUUAAAGUGAUAUCUUUUAGGGGUCAAAUAAAGCUCGAGUCACGCCCGGAUUGGUCUUUUUUAGAGGUCUUUAGUUAAAUACACCAUUUUGUAUUCUCGGUAUUGGACUGGAACUAGCGUGUACCAAAGGCUAAAACGUAUGCAAAUACAAAUGACAUUCACCUCUAUUUAAUGACCUGAUGACAUCCCCCCGCGCGCAUGAGCCUCCAUUGCAAGCUAGUUCCAGUCCAAAAGCCAAUAUAGGAAAAUAGUCUAUUUUCCAACGAGCAUCACUGACCUUUUCUAAUGGGAGUUCCCUUCCCCCCCCUCCACACCUCCCCUCCCGGGAUCUAGCUCUUUCGAUCCGGAUUUAAACCCACUAAUUGUCAGGUCAUCUUAUUGCGCUUCUCAAUAGAGAUUUUAUUACUAUGCUGGUAACAGUAGAGUAUUAUUCGAUCGGCUAUCAUAGAAUUGCAAUCAAGGAAAUUUUCGUGACAAAAUAUGUUUUCAAAGUGUUAAACCCAAGAAGCGCAUAAAUACAAUCGAAAUUAUAUACGCAAAAAUUAUACUAGAAAGUUAGACGGGAAAUUAUACAGCUUCCUUGAUAUAGUAUCGCUUGUAUUUACCGGCAUUUUUUUAAAAAGAAAUAAAUCUGGUGUAACUGCUUUGUGAAA